CAACGGGUUGGAUCAAUUGUAUUACAAUGAUGACCCUGUCACAAGAAAAAAUUCAACCCAAAUAUCAAAUACUCAUAACAAAGUUAACUUUAAUUUCAUCAUUCAAUAAUAAACCAGCUCAUUUCAAUAAUAAUUAAGUCAUUGCUACAAAUAACUCAUUAGUGAAAAAGAUAAUUUAUUUAUAAAUCAUUAUAGCCUUUGUGACCGAGCUAAUCAAAAAUUACAACAUCGACAAUUUUUCAUCAUAAAAUAAGGUUAUUGACAUGAAAAGUGGAAGAGAAACAAAGGAUCUAUGAUAUAUUAUUAUUUUUAAUAACUCAAAGACUCACGUGAACUUCAGCGACUGAAAUUUUUAUUGAUCAUCAGAGAUCUAUUGAUUUAUAACAGUUGUUGAAAUAUGGCAUGGUAUUGCGGUGGCGCAACUAAUCAAGAGAUGGUAGGCAAACUGAAAGCUGCAGGAAUUUUAACUACUGAUAGUGCAGAAGCUGCUAUGAUGGCCAUUGAUCGGGGCCGUUAUUGUCACGAGUCAGAUCCUUAUUUAGAUCGUCCACGAAAAAUCGGCUACAAUGUUACAAUCAGUGCUCCUCAUAUGCAUGCUUAUGCGCUUUCUAUCCUUACUGAUCAGUUAAAAAGUGGUGCACGUGCAUUAGAUGUUGGUUCUGGCUCAGGUUAUCUAACAGCCUGCAUGGGGUAUAUGGUUGGGCCUCGAGGACGUGUUAUAGGUGUUGAACAUAUUCCAGAACUUAUAGAAAUAUCGACGAGAAAUGUACGCGAUGAUUGUCCACAUUUCCUUAAGGAAGGUCGUUUAAAAUUUGUAGAGGCAGAUGGCCGAGCCGGUUAUCCAGCUGAAGCACCUUAUGAUGCUAUUCACGUGGGAGCUGCUGCAGAAACAAUUCCUGAAGAACUAAUCAAUCAAUUGAAACCAGGGGGACGUAUGAUCGUACCUGUUGAAGGAUUUCAACGAUUUCAAAACCUUGUUCAGGUGGAUAAACUUUCUGAUGGCACUGUUACGAAGCAAAAAUUAAUGCAUGUUUCUUAUGUACCAUUAACAGAUCCUGCAAGUCAGUUGCAACAUUAAUUUAUUUAUUUAAUUGAAGUAUUCUUGAUCUUUAUUCUUUACUAUUGUUUAGGUAAUUUUAAGUAGCGUUUGUAGAUUACAACUACUUAAUGUGUUGGUAAACAAAUCAAAAAAUAUGUUGAUUUCAUUGAUUUAUAAAAAUGAAAAUUAAUUUUGGAUUUUUUGAUCCUUCUCUAGAUAGAUAUAAUACAUUACAAUAA